AUGGCUCGCUCACAAAAGCUAAAAUCAGCGGCAGCGACUGGAAAAACUCAUUUGGCAGUGCAAGAAAAUGCACCAGCUGAAAUCUCAACAACCUGUUUGACUUGGACCCAUUGGACCAAAGAUCACACCUCAAGCCUGAUCAAGUUUCUGGCUUCACAUAGAUCAGAGGCUGGUGAUGGAAUGAACUUCAAGAUUGGAGUCUUUCAAGCUGUGACUGCUCAUUUCCUUGAGCCCCCCAAAGGAGUUCCGAAGGAAGGAUGGGUGCCACCUGUUGCAAGAGAUUCUCGUGCUUGCAAGAACAAGUGGGCUGCACACAAGAUCAUUCUUGAUAUCAAGGCUCAGUCUGGCUUUUCUUGGGACAACGAGCUUGGUGCUGGCAUUGACAGUACAUCAGAGGCAGUAUGGGCUGCAUAUGUCAAGAAGCGCCCUGAUGCUGCACCAUUUUGCAACAGGGGAUGGCCACACUUUGACGAAAUCAAUGAUCUUUUGUCCACCACUGCUUCGAAAGGAACUCAUGCAUUUCACGCAGCACUGGAGGAGUCCCGCGAGCAGUCACCUGAUCUUGAUUUUCUGAAUGAAGAGGGUCUUCUGCAGCCUGAGCCUGAGCAUGCCAAGAAUUUGUCUCAAGAUGUUCAGGACACUCUAGAUGAGAGUGGGGAUGACGAAGACUUUAUCCCUUGGGAAAAAACUCCACCCCGUCAAAGUCACACUCCGGCUCCCCUUCUGAAUUCGACUUCGGGUCCAGCAUCAAAGAGGCAUCGUGCGAGUGGUGCCGCAGCACUGUUUGCUAUUGCUGACCAGUUUUCGGACUUCACUGAUGCAUUUCACUCAAGUUCUCAAGCCCAGCCAUCUUCUCUCACUCCAUCACCAAUUCAAAGGCAAUGUGCCAUGCAGCAUGCCCAGAAUGUUGAGACCCAUCUCACUGGUGAUGAAAUGGCUGCUCUCAUUGAAGCCUUCCAGACUGAUUUCAUCAACCGAAAAAUCACGCAGAUCAAUAGUCGAUAA